CACCCGGCCCCGCGGCGGCCGCGAGAGCGGCGCGUGGGGCUCGGGGGCGGCGCUUGUUUGCCGCUCCCGCUCGGCCUCGGCCGGUCACGUGAGGCGCGCGCCAUGGCGGCUCCCGCGGACGGCGCCGACCUGGAGGCCUCGCUGCUGAGCUUCGAGAAGCUGGACCGCGCCUCCCCGGACCUGUGGCCCGAGCAGCUGCCCGGGGUUGCCGAGUUCGCCGCCUCCUUCAAAAGCCCCAUUACAAGUUCUCCUCCCAAGUGGAUGGCUGAAUUAGAAAAUGAUGAUAUUGAUAUGUUGAAGGAGUUGGGGAGCCUCACUACAGCUAACCUGAUGGAAAAGGUUCGUGGCCUGCAGAACCUGGCUUAUCAGCUGGGACUGGAUGAAUAUACUGUAACGAUUAUCCCUGUGCCUCUCUGUCUGAAAUGUUUUCCUGUAAAUUUUGGCUUCUGGCAGGAGCGAAGAGAGAAUUUUCUUCCACAGUAUGGGUUGCUGGACCUAUUUGUAGAGCAGCAGCUGAUCCCAGUGAAAAAUCUCACUGGAGUGUGACUUUGGAGACUUGGCUCAGUUUCUGCUAGAGAAAUGACUCGAGGGAAAUUCCUGAACAUCCUUGAGAAACCGAAGAAGUAGCUGCAUCUAGUAUUUGGAUGAAAAUACCCCAACUAGGUAAUUUUAUGUACUGUGGAUCCAGAUGAAGCCCAGAAAGUCUAAGAAGAACAAAGCUCUUGCUGUAGACCUUCAGAAGCAAACAUCUCUUUUUGCUUCCACAGCUCAUCUCUUUAUGGAGGAAAUGUACCAUAAGCACAGUUCUCAAGGACUGCAGUUGGUUGCAUUGGAAUUCGGACUUCAUCUGACCAUAGGAUGUCCACCAGGAGGACUUGGCCCUGACGUGCUGUGAUGCAGUCACCUGUUUCCAUCAGCAGCUCAAAGUGAACAGCCAGUGUCCUUAUUCAGCUGCUCUCAGGGGGCAGCCUGUUUGAAGUACACAGCAGAUCUGACACUGGCCCAGUGUCCAUCAUGAGGCCUUGACCCUUUUGUGUGUCUUUUGUCUUCGAUGCAUUGAUUUCCUGUGUGCGACGUCGGUGCCGAAGGAUUCAAGCACAGCUUGGGGUGUGGAUUGACCAAGAGCACUGGCUCAGCAGGAGCAUAUGCUUUUAGUGUAGCAGCUGAGUGCACUCUCUGUAUUAGGUUCCAGUUGCUCAUUGCCUUUAGAGAAGCACAUCUGGUGCUCCAAGGAAGACCUCCAAGACCUUUGGUGUGCCGGGAGCUUCAUUUCACCGCUAAAUGAUUCUCUAAGUGAAAUUGAAACUAACAGACCACAGGGAGUAAGAAGUGUGUCUCAGGGAAGAUAUCCUCACAGAAACUUCGGCCAGUACACAAGGAAACAGCCUUGUCAAUCCUCUGCAAUUCUUUGCUUCUUGCAGGGCAGAAACUGCAAAGAGUUAUAAAGUGGAAAGAUGGUAAUGUUUUCAGUUAUCACUCCAACAAGUGGCAACAGGACUGUUAGCCACAUUGGGAUGAUGGCUGUACAUGGUCUCAGCAUCUAUGAAAAUAAUGUUUUGUGGUAUUUUUAAUUGUUUAUAAACCAGCACCUCAAAAUCUUCUUCUCCUACAAAAUCAGAAUUUUUGAGAUAGAAACUUCUCUGAGCUGCUCCCUUUCAGAACACUGUGAUUACAGUUUAAUGCCUUUUUCUUCUGUUCAUGCACUCUUACACAUUUCCUCCCUUGGAAGAGGUACAGAGCAUGUUUAGACUUUUUGUUUUAUUUAAGAGAGUAAUUUUUUUCAUUCCAUCCUCUUUCCUUUUCCUAGAAAACAACAGUUUAAACAUUAGUAAAUAUGUUCUUUUUUAGGAUACAACAUAAAUACAAUAAAUAUGUUGAAACAUAACAUAACAUGAUGUUAUUUUUACCAUGCAGGCUUUUCAAAACGUGUCAUUUCUCAGGCUGUAGUCACAUAUGAGAGAAGAAAUUAUUUGGAAAUAGUACAUGUAAGAGGCUGUCCUUACAGCACUGCAUUUUUCUGGCUUUGCAGGGAGAGGAGGCUCUUUUUGGGUGCAUGUGCAAUAAAGAGGGGGAGUUUUUUUUUUUUGAUCAGAUAGACUUCUGAGUUUUACUGAAUUGAUGGUGAUUGCGGUCUGUGGUUUUGGUUAUUGUCAGUCAGAACUAGGCAUGUUUGGGACUAAGUUAACUAAGCAGUUAAAUCCUACAUCUUGGAAAGACCCUGCACAAAUUUAGAAAUAUCAGGACUUAAGACUUAACAGAGUUAUUUUUGUCCUUCACAGUUUAUGCAGGGCUGAGCUUAACAGGAACUCCGUCCCUUGAGAACAUGAGAAUUAAGACAGAUGAAAGAGAAGAGAAGCUGAAAGUGGUAGUUCAGGAACAAAAAAACCCAGUGGUGCAAACUGAUGUUGAUGUAGCUUUAAGCACUGAAUAACAGAUUUGGAAUGCAAAUUUUUGUUUGUAUAUUAUAUAUGUAAUAUAUGUACACAUAUAUGA